AUGGCUGAGACAUUCGAAAACAGCGGUCAUGUGAAGAGGAGUGCAAGUCCAGGAGAUAUGCAGGAUGAAGUUAUAUUCAGUGAUGAGGUUAUGCGUGCCAUUGCAACUAUCAAUGUUCAUGGAUUAUGCCGUACUGACAUGGAUGUUAUAGAUAAAAUUAAUAAUUUGUUUCCGACUGAGCAGUCGUUAUCACAGUUGGAUUCGGUAAUGCAUUCAUUUGAGGAGGAAAUUGUUGGUUUGGAUCGUCAGCUAGCGCAGCUCGUUGAAACACUAGGAAAAACAGAGGACGAUGGAAGCAAGGCUUUGCAUGAGGCUCAUGUAGCGAUGAAUGAUUUGGAAGAACGUGUACGUGCCAUUUGUCUUAAAACACAGUCAUCAGAAAGUGUUGUGCAAGAAAUGACUCGUGAUAUCAAAGAACUCGAUGUUGCUAAGCGAAAUUUAAUUGCUUCAAUAAAAGCUCUUCAUCAUCUUCAAAUUUUGAUUACUGGCGUGUAUUCACUCGGAGUAUGGAUCGAACAACAUCGAUAUAGUGAAAUUGCAUCUCAGUUACCGGCUAUUCUUAACGUGCUGCAACUUUUUGCUCCAUACAUGGGAGUGCAGUAUAUUAAGGAAAUUUCUGAACAACUUGAACGUUUGAAACAGCAAUUAGCUAUUCAACUAAUUGCAGAUCUAAAACAGUCAUUUCAGUCCGGAGUUUUGAACUCGUCUGUGACUGAUAUGUGUCGAACUGCUUCAUCACUAGAUAUCACCGUGCGCAAUGAUUUUUGCAAGUGGUUCAUUGAACAUCAACUCUCGGAAUAUGCUGUAUUGUAUGGAGAGAGUGAAAACAUUGCGUGGAUAGACAAGAUUGAUUUAAGGUAUCGAUGGUUUGUGCAGAAAAUGACAGAAUUCGAAAAAACAGGUUUAAUGAAAGUUUUUCCUGUUGAAUGGGACAUGGGUCGGCGGUUGACUUUGGAGUAUUGUGAUCUGACUAGAGUAAUGUUGGAACGAAUGAUGUCCAGGCGUUGGUUAGAACUGGAUCACAAGGUGCUUGCGCAUGCGAUCAACCAUACAGUCAUGUUCGAAAACCUUCUUUGCAAAAGGUUUCCUGCAAAAGGGGUUAUUUGGCGGGUAUUUGACAAGUACAUGGAUGUGUUUGUAGCAGCUCAGAAAAAAAAUCUCGACAGCUUUUUGGAAGAGUGCGUAACAAGAAUUAGAAAUGGUACGGAGCGACCUACUCGGGAAACAGCUUUACAUGCAUAUCCACUUCCUUCAUCUGCUGAUAUGUUUCUCCUAUUAAAGAAAAUAAUUGCCGAGUUAACAAAACUUAGUUCCAGUCCAAAUGCUUUAUUGAGUCUGGUUGAAGUUCUCCGUGGUUGUCUGCGUGGCUAUGCUCAUGGUUGUUUAACGGCUUUUUUACCUUCUUUACCUUCUACUCAGUUCUCAUCUACCUCGAUCUUACAAACUUUAAUGAGAGAUGGGACAGUAGUUCGGCUAACAACAGAUCAGCAGUUUUUCACUUGUUGUGUGCUUGCUACAGCUGACUGGUGUGCGGAAACUACUCUUCAGUUGCAAGAAAAACUGAAACAACGAGUGCCGAGUAUUGAUCUGAAUCAAGAAAUGGAACUUUUUUAUAGCAUAUCUAAUAAUGCUCUGUCCAUUUUGGUCCAAGAUGUGGAAUCUACUUGUGAUGCUGCUUUGCAAGCAAUGGUUAAGAUAAACUGGAGUGCUGUAGAAAGUGUUGGUGAUGAGUCGCCAUAUGUUUCUUCUGUACGAAGUCAUCUGCGAUCCAAUGUGCCAUUAAUUCGAGAUUUCUUUGCCGACCGACGAAAAUAUUUUGCGCAUUUUUGUCUAAAGUUGGCGACACAGUUAGUAAAUAAAUUUUUGGGUGCGCUUUUCAGAUGUCGUCCAGUAGGUAUUACUGGCGCAGAACAGUUGUUAUUGGAUACGCAUGCGUUAAAAACAUUUUUAUUAUCAAUGCCAUCUGUUGAAUCUUCUAUAAACACGAAACCACCGACGCUUUAUACAAAUUUAGUGGUCAGAACAAUGACUAAAGUGGAAAUGUUACUCAAAAUUAUUAUGUCAGAAGCAGAUCCACCUGAAGAAUUUGUGGCGGCAUAUGCUCGAUUGUUGCCGGAAUCAGAUUCAAGUGAAUUACAAAAAGUUUUGGAAAUGAAAGCACUAAGACGUCAAGAGCAAGCCACAAUUAUACAGCUAUACAAGUCCCUUGUCGAAGGACAGGCAUCUAGUUCUGAUUUGUGUUAG